ACUUUACAGUUUCCUUCUUUUGGUGUGACAGCUGUCAUUGUUUACGGAUGUGGAAAAAAUGAAAAAUUGAUAAAACCCCUAUCUUAAGUGAAAAGUUCGAAUAAGUACAAUGAUUAAAGCAAUCUUAGUGUUCAAUAACCAUGGGAAGCCGAGAUUAUCCAAGUUCUAUCAAUAUUUUCCAGAAGACAUGCAACAGCAAAUAAUCAAAGAGACGUUUCAGUUGGUUUCGAAGCGGGACGACAACGUGUGCAAUUUUCUCGAAGGGGGCAGUUUGAUAGGUGGGAGCGAUUAUAAAUUAAUUUACCGGCACUACGCAACUCUAUACUUUGUGUUUUGUGUCGAUUCGUCCGAAAGUGAGCUAGGAAUCCUGGAUUUGAUCCAAGUUUUUGUCGAGACUUUGGACAAAUGUUUUGAGAAUGUCUGUGAACUGGACCUCAUUUUUCACGUCGAUAAGGUUCACUACAUUCUCAACGAGCUCGUCAUGGGCGGCAUGGUCUUAGAAACUAAUAUGACUGAAAUUCUGACUAGGAUAGAAGAUCAAAACAAAUUAGAAAAGCAGGAGAGUGUUUGGAAUUUCGACUCAGAUUUUAGAAAGAAAUUAGUUGUGAUGUGGUCACAGCCAGAAUUUUAGUUGUUUGCGGGUAUUGCAGCCGCGCCAGCUCGUGCCGUUUCAGCUGUGAAAAACAUGAACAUUCCCCAACAAAUCAAAGAUAUUAAAUUGCCUGAUCUUCCUCAAGCAAUUAAAGACCUCAAAUUCUGACCUCAAGUAGCGUCCCAGUUUCACAAUAUCGACUUGACUACAUUUCAUUUACCCUCGGACUGCAAGUCUUUAUUAGAGGAACCAUCCACAGCAAAAUAUACAUGAUGUUUUCAAUCACUAUUUUAUUUAAAGCAAACUACCAGAUAUUUCAUACUGAAGUGUGUAAAUAAAUAUAGAUUAGCAAUUUA